GGCGUGGCGUCGAUGAGGGUGAGAAGCAUCCGUUGGUUGGGAAGAAGUGCUGCCGCCGCCGCCGCCGCAGCUGCCGCCGCCGCCGCCGUGAUUCAACAUGGCAGUGGCGGCUGUGGACAGCGUCUGCUGAGACACCCAGGAGGGAGGCAUGCUUCGGGGCCCGAACAAGCGAACCUCUCCGGGUUCCCCAUGCUGUCCUAGAACGACAAACAAUCCCACCUCAACCUGUGGCUAAAAUAACAGCACGAAAUGAUCAGCAGCAGCAGUACCAGCAGUAGCGUCUAUGGGUUGAAGAUGCAGUGGCAUCCCGAGCAAAGCCAGUGGGCCGAACAGCAUUUUGACAUCUCCUCGACCACAUGCUCGCCGGCCCACAAGGCAGAGCCGUACCGCGUGGUACCCGGCCACCUACAGUGCUCCGUCGCUUACCAGUACGCCUGGGCGAACGAUGACAUCUCAGCCCUCACCGCCUCUAACAUGCUCAAAAAAUAUGCUGAGAAAUAUUCCGGCAUCCUGGAAUUGCCCGUCUCAUACCCCGAAGCCCCCAGUGUCCCGGGAGGGAUAAACGGACGGAAAGGUGAAUCGGAAUCCUGGCAGGACGGCGUUUAUCCUAUGAGCUGCAUACCUGAGGGGGUUCCCGUCCGCAAGGGAGGUGUUGCAGCAGCUUCUGAGGUGCUAACUGGUUUGUGUAGCUCUCCCGGUCUUGCCUCCAGCACUCUGAGUGAGCCCAUCUUCUCCAGUAGCAGUUGCGGGAGCCACCCUACCACCACACUCCACUCGUCCUCAUUGCCUUCUCAGGAAUUUGAUGUCACUUACAGCGGUUCCUACUUGCACUCUAGUUACAAUUCCCAAUCUGUCCCUGCCCCUGCACAUCCUGCCCCAUUGCACAGCUCUGGCCUCCUGCAACCACCUCCACCGCCGUCUCACUCGACAUUGGUGCCAGCAUACAAUGGAGGCUCCCCAAACUUGUCCAGUUAUAAUUACACCCCUGCGGCAUACCCUGCCCAGAGCUCAGUCGGACCUGGAUACAACAGUGGAGGAGUGCCCCGACCGUCUUCAUACCUCCCCUCGGGCAUUGCUGCACCAACACCCCUUCCCCCUUAUCCGUACCACAACCAUAACUUGACCCCAAUCACCCCAAGCCCUCUUAACAGUUGCCCCUCCAACUUGCUGAAGAGGAAAGCCUUCUACGUGACAGGCCAGGGAGAUAUGGAAUCCUCUUAUGCAAACUUUGGCUACGACCAGACUCGAAGCGCGACCGAAAGCCCAAUGUACAGAGUGGCAGACAGCAGCAGCACAAACCGAAACUGUAACAGUCCUGUCUGUAGUGGUUUUAAUCAUAAUUCUGAGAAGCCAUCUCUACCUUUUAAUCCACAGAAGCAGUCCACACUGCCUUCGGAGGAGCAGCAGCAUAGGAAGUAUAGCAGCCGGGCAACACCCAACCCACUGUCUCCAUCAGCCUACGUCACUUCGUCACUCGGGGGUUCCCGCAUGGCCGACUCUCUCGUCAACUUUAUAUCCCCACCCCUCAGAGAGCAAAGUGCGGAAGAUCAUCAUAUCCAUCACUCCCACUCAGGUGCUCCCUCCUCUUCAACCAUGUGCUCCUCACGCUCUGCUGAAGAGCAACUGAAAACCUGUGACCCACACCUUUUGGACAUGGUCACCUCUGAAAUUGUUCAACAGGGCCCUCCCAUGGACUGGAGUGACAUUGCAGGCUUAGAAUUGGCCAAAGCGACCCUGAAAGAGGAGGUUCUCUGGCCCAUUUUACGCCCUGACAUGUUCAGAUCCUUAGGCGCCAGUCCACGUUGUGUGCUGCUGUUUGGCCCGCGAGGCAGUGGCAGGACGUUGCUAGGACGUUGCCUGGCCGUCCAGCUUGGGGCAUCGUUACUUCGACUCAGCGCGUCAACUUUAGUCACCAAGUGGCUGACAGAUGGCAAGGACAUUAUCAGAGCGUCCUUCUUGGUAGCUCGAUGCCGUCAACCCUCUGUACUGUUCAUUAGUGAGGUGGACGUGCUUCUAGCGGCACACCUCACUGAAGAAAGUCCCAUCAACAGACUAAAGGGGGAGCUACUUUCCCAGCUGGACUCACUUUUAAUGGGCUCCGGUGUGGAUGGAAGACACCAAGUAUUAGUGGUUUGCUCCACAAGUAGACCCCAGGACAUAGAUGAGGGGUUGCAUAGGUACUUUGCUCGGCGGGUUUUGGUAUCCCUGCCCGAUAGCGCAGCUCGCCACCAGAUUGUCAGCCAGUUCCUCGCCCAAUACCAGCACAAAUACUGCAUGAGUGACGAGGAGCUAGCACUGCUUGUCCAACGCACUGAGGGUUUCUCGGGACUUGACCUGUCCAGACUUUGCCAGGAAGCCCAUGUGGGUCUGUUACACAUAUCCACGCAACAGGGCAUGGAGAUGGCCAAUAUGAUUCGGCCACUGACCUACCAGGACUUUGAAAGGGUCUUUUGUAAAUUCUGCGCCAGUGUCUCACAAAAAGAGAUAGAUAUGCACACUGAGUGGAACAAAAUGUUUGGAUGCAGACAAUGAAAGGACGUCUUUGAUGUAAACAUUGUACUGGAGUGGGAAAAACAACAACAGUAAGGGCCUCACGGAAAAUCAUUCACACCACAGGAUUUGUAUAUACACUGUGUAUGUCCUAGGGGUGUAACGGUAAGCUACAUGUAUCUGAUUGUGUAUUCUUCGCUACAGAAGACUAUCCAAAGAGUCACCCAGCUUCCCUGGUUUCAUGCUAGUCAAACGCUAAGUGAGAAGCUAACUUGCUAUUGACAGCCUAGCGUGUUAGCUUGAAGUCUUUACUUUCAGUCAUUACAAGUACCAUUAACGCUACAAAGGUUUGAGGAGUAACAUGUAACACAGAGCCAAUGAGAAUGGCAGGAGACACACAAGACACGCUAACUGCCAAAGCUAACGUCGAUGUAAUGUUGCAAAUCAACAAGGAAAUGAGUAUUUGAACUGCAAAUCAUUUUACAGCGGAACAUAUCAAACUACAAACUGUAAAUGAGAAAUGAUAGUGACUAAGAGAGAAAAGAGAGCAAUACAGUAAAUGAAUCAAUAUGUUUAAACGGUACUUUCUUGAAAAUGGACUUAUCGUUACACCCCUAGUCUAUCUGAGUUUUAACAAAUUUAUUAGACCAUCUGGCAUUAUGAAGUGCUUGAAUGCUGAUUUUCGAUUUGAGUGAGUUAUCAAACGGCGCUAAUUAAUGAAGCAUUUCAUUCAGUCACUAAAACACUUUUUUGUAGACGAAUGUUAGAAAAAAUAAUUAUAAUUUGACAUCGGAAUCAAGGACAAACAUAUUACUGUUCUUUUUGCCAGCAAAUUUGCUCCGCUAUAGAUUGGAAAAUUCCUGGAUAAUUCUGCAUGACAAAUAUUUUAUUCAAAAAGAUUACAAACAAAGGAAGCACAUAAACAACGUUUUGGAAAUUUGGUGGGAAUUGACCAUAAACCUCACAACUUGUGGUGGGCUGAUAAAUUUGUAUAGCACUGUCUAUAUAUAUUGCAUAUAUAUACUGUUCAUGCAAGUAUUUAUUUAUACACUCCCUUCUAAAAAUAUUGUUUAUUUAACUAACUGUAAACUGGAAAACAUUUGGGUUUGACAUUAAAAAGUAAAUAUGGUAUUUUCAUUUUGCUACUGCCAUCAUGUUAUGUAGAGUUGUCAUCGCUAACUAGUAUAAAUUUAGUCUUGGAAUAUAGAAGCCAAAUCCAAAAGUGAGUGUCGAUGAUGUUUUAAGAUUGCUGUCCAACCCAAAUGUUUUCAUUGACAGCAAAAAUAAAGAAAUCAGAUCAAUCCUCCAGGAGAUGGCUACAUAAGAGAUGAAGUUGGUUAUCCAAGUGCCUGAAGUGAUGCUUUCUGAUUCCAUUUAUACCAUAGUUGACAUUCUUAUUGAUCAAUUGAUGUCAAAUUUUGAGCUUUGAACCAGCGUGUUUAACAAUUGACAGUCAAAUUGUUUAUGCCUUUAUCGGCGCAACAAUAUUCUGGGCCCUGAUCCCUCCAACCAAGCAAAAAAUUGUGAAACCUACUGUCAUCUCAAAAUAGAAGUGUGGAUAGAUCGUACAUACUAUGUACUUAAAAUGAAAUUUCAUAAUUCUUGGGUUGAUAAAUCCCUCUAGCUUUUGUCCACCUGUAGGUGCCCUAAGGCAGAAAUGACAACAAUGGCCAAUCAAGAAAAAGCUUUAUUUUUUUUUCUCUGUCUACAAGGCAAAUUUGUUUACACCUCCAAAAAGUUAGCCAACUCACUGACCUCACUGAGCGUUUUGCAUGUACAAGGUACAAUUUGAAAAUGUCUGUUUUUGUUUAAAUAUGUGUUUGUGUCGACCAGUCCAAGGUGGUUGCAAAACAGCCGUUCCUGGCAAACUACACAGGUGACAAUGAAUGUACAGCACUUAAGAUGUUCCCGAUUAGUACCAAUAAUGACAUGUUUUUAAAUCAAAGUUGUCAAUUUGAACCAUUGACAAAAUAGUUACACAUAUUUGCUAAAUCGUGAAAUUUAUGGAGAAAAUGGAGAAUUAUUUUUUUCUUCAUGUCCAUUGUGUUGCACUGAAAUGUAUUUUGGGAGGAAUUAUACUCCGUCAAUGCCUUCAAACAUUAUAUCAGUAAGUCUCGUGUUUUAUUUUAACCUCUGAUGUAAAAAAAAAAAAAAAAAAUUGGAAAAAAGUUAGUACGUGACGCCGGCAGCGCCGCAUUGUGUUGCAGCUACAGUUGAUGGGUAGGAAAGACAAAAGAUGAGGAGUGAUCCAUCAGAGCAGAACAAAAAGUGAAAUGCCUAAAAGAAAACAUUUUUUUUUUUUUUACCUCAAGGCUAUGGAAACCCUCAUGGUGUUUACUGUAAUUCUUUCAAAAUAUCUCCGAUCUAGGAUCAAAUGCAUUGAGAAGUAAAACAAAAAAUUGUAACGACAAAAUGGAACAUUUGGUGCAGUCCACCUCAACUGACGGAACUUUUCCCCAUCUCAUCCAAGUAUCCAAUUUGCAUUCGACUGAUGCUUUCACAGAAACACACAUUCAGUUUUAUGUCUAAUCUUUUGCGAGCAGUCAUUGUGUAUAUACCUGAGCACCUUUUUGACACUUAUUUACAUUUUUUUGUUUGGGUGUUAAAUUGUACCAGUCAAACACACCUGCUCAACAUUUAACCGGUGUGUCGUGUUUGUUGUAAAUACAUGAAAAUCCAAAUGUGCACUUAUGAGUUUUCACUUACUGCCCUUCUUGUUGCCAGUAAAUUAUAAUAUCUUAAUAUACAUCAUUCGGAUAUUCAGAAUCUGAAACAAAAAUUUCGUUGAACGGCUGUUUGUAUCAGUGCACGAAAUUUCAACAUCUUUUUGAUGAAGUUGUGACUUUUUAUUUGGGGGGGUGAAAAUGGAUUAGUAGUAGCAGCAGAGACGGACGGCAGCAAAUCAAAAGUCUUUUCAAGGAGAAAAAAAAAUGAUAAAGAAUUUCGGGGACAAUGAAGAAAUUAAAGGUGUCCGAUGGUGGCAAUGGGAAUUGGCUGGUGACAAAUAGAAGUGGUGAUAUUUCGUUGGGAACAAAAAUGAUCGGCAGCUGUACCAGACUUGAUUUUUAAACAGAGUUACAUACUGCAGUUUUACACAACCAAAGCUUUCAAGUGUAAACAAUGCUUCAAGUGUGUACAGUGUGUGAUCCCUAUCACUUGUAAUAAAACACAUUUCCCAACAA